AUGGAACAGAGUCCACUCACGCAACAAUCAAGGCCCGAUGUCUUUGAGCCAAAAGUCGUCGGCCUGUACAGGCAUCUUUUUCUCGAAGCUGAAGAGGACGAUAAAGACGAUGCAUUCUGGACGACACUGUUCCUCCUAAAACCCGAUACCGAAAAGCUACGAGAGGUUCUUGAACAGAUCGAUGCGGAGUUCCUGUUACAUAUUCAGCAUCAACCUCAACAAUUGCUCCUUCAAGCCCUAGCUAGGGUCAAGGCUGCUCAGGCGCCUGCAGAUGAAAAUGCCUUGGAUACCCUCACAGUUUUCCUUGCCAUAGUGCUUUCCAAGAAGUUCACCAAUCCUAGCUCAGACGUGAUCGAUGUCUUGGCUGGGAUCGAUAACGUCGACCCAGUGUUCUUUAAUCUUGUUGCGACUCUUGAUCAUGCCAUCAAGGAUGGGAGAAGCACUGAGCUCCGGCAAAAAGCAGUCCGCAUGGCAAUCGCAGUUGUCGCUGGCGGCUACCAGACGGCGUUGGUAUCCUACUUUGUGCAAAAAGACUUCUUCCCAGCGCUGAUGAAGUUGCUGCACCAAUUGGACAACCCACUCCAGGCAGCAGAGCCUCUCUUACUGACGGGACUACUGGCAAACUACAACAAGUUUGAGUCAAACAACCAAUAUCGUGUCCGCUUCGCAGAUUUCGUCAAUGAGGAGACGAUGAUCAGAGUCAUACAGAGCAUAGCCUGGACUACUGCAGUACUUCGAGAACGAUACGUCGCCAUUCUGGAUGACACGCCAGUCGGCUGGAGCCUGGGGACUACAUUGUCCUAUGUCGGACUCGGUUCUUUGGCUGGUGCAAAGCCUGCUGGCACUGUGCUGACCGAAGACCAGCAAAAGGAAGCGUUUGCACAGCAGCCUGCCAAAGAAGCAGCGACGAUGCUGACUGUCUACGAUUUCGCGCUGGCUAACAAGCUCUUCUGCCAUCACUUCAUCACCACUCAACCCGAAGAUAAGAGCCAGGCAGCGCCGUUCGGCACGUUUCUGUCCCUCGUGUCCUACAUUCAGCAGCAUGCCUACAGAAGCGCUCGAGCUUCGCUCUAUGCAUAUCUGACGCUACUGAUUCUCUUGAACUUGGUCGAGGACACGACAUUGGCCAAGCUACUCUGUGACUCCACGGCACCCGUACGCAUGUGCAGACAGAAGCCGCCACAACUUCCUUUAGUGAAAGGCGAUCGACCAUACAUGGCUGUCAUUCUGGAUGUGAUCGUGGAGGGCAUCAAUCACAACCUCCGCAAGAAGCUCGACGUCGAGCUCUAUCGGAAAAGCUUCACCGUACUAUCCCGAGUACUCUCAUAUCUGGCCAAGUCUCGUACGAAACUCGUCUACCAUUGGUCUGAGCUCUGGAGAUCGCUUUUGUCUUUCGUACGCUUCUUAACAACAUACGCGGAGGACCUGCAGCGGCUCUCCAAUAUGUCCAAUCUGGCCAACAGCCUGACAGACCUGCUUACGACAGCAAUGUCGAACGGAGAGGCAUUCUUGCCAGACGCCGCCGCCUAUGACGAUCUCUUCUACAAGUUGGUAGAAUCUGGCGAAGCUUUGCAGAAGUUCCGCGACGCAUAUGGCUUGGCAAGAUCGGAUGAGAACAAACCUAUCAACACACUGAUAGGAGUGUCGAAACACUACCAGGAGCUGAUCGAGACGCAAAAGGGCAAGACUACCCUCCUAACGCCGAAAGAGGUGAACAAGGUGAUCAAGCAGGGGUACGACACUCUCGCGAUAGAAACAAAAGAAGGCCUUGACCAGUUUGAGAGGUAUCGGGAAGCGGAUCACAAAGUCGCUCUCAAGAAGAUUGCGAGGGUUGCCGUACUAGAUGCAGCUUCUUUGGUCUCAUAA